CCCGAUUGUACGUUCCAUCUACUGAGAUAGGGAAAAACCGCCUUAGGGCUGGAGGUGAGACAUGCGGGCAGCAAUACUGCUUAACAAAGCAUUGAGAUGUUUAUGUCUAUGCAUAUCUAAAGCACAGCACUUGAUUCUUUACCUUGUCUAUGAUGCAAAGACCUUUGUUCACGUGUUUGUCUGCUGACCCUCUCCCCACUAUUGUCUUGUGACCAUGACACAUCCCCUUCUCUGAAAAACACCGACAAAUAAUCAAUAAAUACUAAGGGAACUCAGAAGCCAGGGGGAUCCUCCAUAUGCUGAACGCUGGUCCCCUGGGUCUCCUUAUUUCUUUCUCUAUACUUUGUCUCUGUGUCUUUUUCUUUUCCAAGUCUCUCGUUCCACCCAAUGAGAAACACCCACAGGUGUGGAGGGGCGACCCACCCCCUUCAUCUGGCGCCCAACGUGGGGCUUUUCUCUAGGGUGAAGGUACGCUCGAGCGUGGUCAUUGAGGACAAGUCAACGAGAGAUCCCGAGUACGUCUGCAGUCAGCCUUAUGUCUGCAGGUGCACCCAACAGCUCCGAAGAGAUGACCAUCGAGAAUGGGCCAUGAUGACGAUGGCGGUUUUGUCAAAAAGAAAAGGGGGAAAUGUGGGGAAAAGCAAGAGAGAUCAGAUUGUUAAUAUGUCUGUGUAGAAAGAAGUAGACAUAAGAGACUCCAUUUUGUUCUGCAUUAAGAAAAAUUCUUCUGCCUUGAGAUGCUGUUAAUCUGUGACCUCACCCCCAACCCCGUGCUCUCUGAAACAUGUGCUGUGUCAAACUCAGGGUUAAAUGGAUUAAGGGUUGUGCAAGAUGUGCUUUGUUAAACAAAUGCUUGAAGGCAGCAUGCUCCUUACGAGUCAUCACCACUCCCUAAUCUCAAGUACCCAGGGACACAAAAACUGUGGAAGGCCGCAGGGACCUCUGCCUAGGAAAGCCAGGUAUUGUCCAAGGUUUCUCCCGAUGUGAUAGUCUGAAAUAUGGCCUCGUGGGAAGGGAAAGACCUGACCGUCCCCCAGCCCGACACCCGUAAAUGGUCUGUGCUGAGAAGGAUUAGUAUAAGAGGAAGGUAUGCCUCUUGCAGUUGAGACAAGAGGAAGGCAUCUGUCUCCUGCCCGUCCCUGGGCAAUGGAAUGUCUCGGUAUAAAACCCGAUUGUACGUUCCAUCUACUGAGAUAGGGAAAAACCGCCUUAGGGCUGGAGGUGAGACAUGCGGGCAGCAAUACUGCUUAACAAAGCAUUGAGAUGUUUAUGUCUAUGCAUAUCUAAAGCACAGCACUUGAUUCUUUACCUUGUCUAUGAUGCAAAGACCUUUGUUCACGUGUUUGUCUGCUGACCCUCUCCCCACUAUUGUCUUGUGACCAUGACACAUCCCCCUCUCUGAAAAACACCAACGAAUAAUCAAUAAAUACUAAGGGAACUCA